UUACAACUCCCACCUCCACUCGUCUCUCUUCACUCCUUUUAAAAUCUCACUCUCUCUCUCUGGCUAUCCCCAUUAAUGCCACCCAAGCUUCAACCCUGUUUCUCUGUCAAACCCUAGAAUUUGAUAUGGGGAAGAGGACGAAGUUCCCAUUUCUGUUGAAGAACGUAGAUGCUAGGUUUCCAUGGCAAUGGCCAUACUGUACGCAGCCCAAAACCCUGUCUUUCAGAGUUGGCACCAGCGACAUGUUCAAGACCCUCAACUCCGCCUACUCUGAUGUCGUUGACACGCAGGAGUUAUGGUCCACCAACUCAUCCGAGUCGGAAAGCUUCUCCGGAUCCUCGGAGGAGUCUGGAGGUGAGUGCAUAGAGACUGUGAUUCGUGGGCUGAGGUCGGAAAGGCUGUUUUUCGAGCCAGGUGAGACGAGUUCCAUAUUGGAGGAGGCGAAGGGAGGCGGGUUUCCAUUCAAGGAGAGUGUGGUUUUGUCCAUGGAGUCGGAGGACCCUUACGUGGACUUUCGGAGGUCGAUGGAGGAGAUGGCGGAGGCUCAUGGGUUGAAGGAUUGGGAGUCCCUUGAAGAGCUUUUGAGUUGGUAUUUGAGGGUCAAUGAAAAGCAGAAUCAUGGUUACAUCAUCGGAGCUUUUGUCGAUUUACUUGUUGCUUUUGCAUUUACUUCUUCUUCUUCUUUUUCUACUUCUCCUUCUCCUUCCUCUCCUUUGUCUUUUGCUUCUUCUUCCUGUUCUUCCACUACUCCUUGUUUAUCUUCUUCAAUAGAGAUUGAAGAAGACAAUGGUUCAUCUCUACAUGUUUGAAUCAGUGAAUAUAUAUGUAUACUUCUAGUUCAAGAAAUCAUAUUCCACUUAACCUCCUUUUUCUUCUUCUUCUCCCUUUCUACCAAGUGUAGGACAUCACCUCCUUUUCUUUAUGUGCAUUGGAGAAAGUGAAAUGGAAAUUGCCAUCGACA